UUUUUUGUGUUAAAGUUGUCUUUUUCUCAGAAGCUAAAAUAAGAUCUACCGGUAAUUAUUUUCUGAGUUUAUGUCGAUCUAUUUAUAGAUCAAGCAAAAAUAGCCGCGUGCUGUUUCUGUUUGUUUUCAUUGAAGUGAGUUUGUCUCGUGACUGAAACCAGCUCUGGAUGGAAUGAGGACCGUGAGGUCGGACCCGUUUUUCAGGAGCUAUGACGUCAUUCUUCCCUGAACGACGGUUCGCUGCUGAGCUGGACUUUUUCAUGACGUCACGGAUUUGUUCUGCAGACGUUCGGUGAAAACCGGGAGUUUUCUGCGGGAGGAGCCUCUCUGUGACACCGGCCGCAACUGUGCUCCUUUUACCGGAGGCGCGCGCGCGCACGGUCUCACGUAGACGAGAGCUGCGAUGCUGGGCGGGGCUUCUUCUGUCAACACAAUGUGAACGCGCGCGCACCGAUCAUCAGCUGUUAGCCCGUGCGCUCUAUCAGUCCGCGGCGGGACCAAUGAGCAUGCAGCUGGCUGUUGGCUCCGCCCCCUCAGCCUCCUCCGGCGUGUCGUCCUCGCCCCGUCAACCCCCCCGCCUCCUCCUCCCGCGGUCAGACCGUCGCCGUGCAGCGCGAAAGGCGGACGGUGUUUGGAGAAUUAUCCGGUAUUUGAACAAUGAGUCUCCCAGCGGAGCGGCUCAGGCCGCAAUUAACGCCCUAAUUACCGGAACCCCCACCCCCCCUUCCCCUCAAGACGGCUUCGUUCACGUCCGCAGCAGAGAUGGGGAAGUGGGACUUCAGCAUGGACCCCGUGCAGGAGUGGGUGGACACGGAGGAGGAGGACGCGGUGUUCGGCGUCACCCUGCGCAGGGAGCCCGUCCCGCCGGGCGCCGACCCCGCGGAGCCUUCGUCGUCCCCUUUCAGCUGCGUCCAAUACCACGCCGUCAAGGUGCGCAGGUUGAAGGCCGGCACGCUGGGGCGCCUGGUCGCCCACCUGCUGGACCCCGAUAGCCGCGAGCCGGACUUCAUCCACGUCUUCCUGUCCACGUACAGGGCCUUCACCUCGCCCAGGACGCUGGUGGAGCUGCUGUUUCAGAGAGACGUGACCUUCUCCAACCUGGAAAGCGCCGUCAGCUCUUGCAGUCCGCUGCUGCCGGUGGUGCGCCUGUGGCUGGACGAGUACAGCAAGGACUUCCAGGAGCCGCCGGACUUCCCGGCCCUGCGGCUCCUCUGCGCCCACCUGCACGGCCGCCUCUGCUUCAGACGCCUGGCCCAGAAGGCCGACGUCCUGCUCAAGCGGCUGCAGCAGCAAGAUUGCAAACAGUCAGACGGCCACGAGUCUUUGGAGGAUGAAGGACAGAUUUCUGGCAAACACGACUUCAUGGACUUCUCUGUGAGAGAGGUGGCGGAGCAGCUGACCCGGCUGGACGCCGAGCUGUUCGUCCGAGUCGUUCCCUUCCACUGCCUGGGCUGCGUCUGGUCCCAGCGCGACAAGAAGCAGAACCGACAGCAGGCGCCGUCGGUGCGCGCCACCAUCUCCCAGUUCAACGCCGUCACCAACCGGGUGAUCACCUCCCUCCUUUGCCCGUCCUCCCCCAGCCCUUCCACUUCCUCCCCCAUUUCCUCCCCCUGCCCCGCCUCCACCUUCCUGUACCCUCCCUCUGCGCCGAGCUCGCCUCACUGUCCGCACAGCAGCCCCGCCCACCGAGCACGCAUCAUCGAGUGGUGGAUCACCGUGGCACAGGAAUGCAGACAGCUGAAGAACUUCUCCUCCUUACGGGCCAUCCUGUCUGCUCUGCAGUCCAACGCCGUCUACCGCCUGAGAAAGACCUGGGCCGCCGUGAGCAGAGAAAGCAUGAGCGUCUUUGAGCACCUGUGCGAGACAUUCCCCGAUGAGAACUGCGUGCUGACCAGCAGAGAAGUCCUGGAGGAUGGGAGUCACCCCGACGGCAUCAGACCCCCCCGGGUGUGCCCGGAGUCCAGACACACGAGCUUCAGCGGGGGCGUGGUUCCUUACCUGGGCACCUACCUGACCGUCCUCACCAUGCUGGACACGGCGCUGCCCGACACCCUGGAGGGCGGCCUGGUCAACUUUGAGAAACGCAGGCGGGAGUUUGAGAUUCUGUCACAGAUCCGGCAGCUCCAGGCUUUCUGCUCUCAGUACAGCCUUGCUGUGAACCGCCACGUCAGCGCGUGGCUGCAGGCGCCGCUGCUGCUCACGGACCAGAAGAGUUACGAACUGUCCCGCAAGCUGGAGCCCCCGGUGGACCCCUGCCCCUCCUCCCCCAGCUCAUGGAGCAGUCGUCUCCUCGGCAAGAAGCUCGGCAUGCUGCGGACGUCCAGCGAGAGCUCGCUCGCCAAGACUCACGCCGAUCGGAUCAGCGUGUCGUCGUCCAGCUCCAGCAGCUCCGACAUGGAGGACCUUCCUGCUCCCCAUCCCUCCCCCCUCAGACUCAAAUUUAAGUCGCUCUCGGGCUCUCUCCACAACGUGGCGGAGGAUCUCUCCUCCUUGUCCUCGUCUUUGUCGGCCAGCCUCUCCGGCUCGUCCUGCAGCUCCUCGCAGCCGGACCUCACCUCCUCCUCCUCCCUGCUGCUCAGCCCGGAGUCCGUGCGGCCCCCCCGCUCCUGUCCUCAGCCGCUGCAGCCCGUCUACAACAAGCAGAUCUCGGAUCAGUGCAUCAUCAGGGUCACCGUGGAGAGCGUCAGCAACGGCAACGUCUACAAGAGCAUCCUGCUGUCCAGUCAGGACCACACGCCGCAGGUGAUCCAGAGGGCUCUGGAAAAGCACAACAUGGAAGAUUCCAGCAGCGGUGACUUCAGCCUCUUACAGAAGCUCAACCACGGCAAAGAACUGCACAUACCCGACAAGGCCAACGUCUUUUAUGCCAUGUGCACCUCUGCCAACUACGACUUUGUGCUGCGUCCGCGCUGGAGGAGCCACAGGGGCCACAGGAGGCUUUUGGGCUCCUCCUGCAGUCCUGGAGCUCAGGCCAGGAGCCGCCUCAUCAAAUGAAGGGGAAAAAAAAACUUUUCAGGAGAAAAGUUUGCUGCUUUUUUCUCGUGGUGCCGUCGGCGUCUACACACUGCAGCGGAAGUCCUGCUUGGGGGGCCGCGCUCAUGCACGUGAGGAAACCCAGGGGACUGGGGGCCACUGCUUGAGUUUACAGGCAGCUGAACUGCAGCCAGUGAAGCUGGGAAGCAGCGGGGCGGCGGCGGCGGACGUGUUGGCAGUCGCUCCGCUCAGAUCAAACGUGAACUCUGCCUGAUGCAGAAAUGUUGCUUGAACGUUCAAAAUAAGUGUUUACUUUUAAUGAAGGGUUAAAGAUUUUAAAAUAGCACUUUUAUGAUUUAUUUAUUGCACAUCAGUAUUGAUGAGGCGGCGUGUUUGUUUGCAGCCCGGCCCUCAUUCCUCCUCCUAGUUUACCGUCAGAAACGGAGGCUGCUUCUCCUCAGGACACCGAUGCUCCGCAUGGAGACAUCCAGACCCGUCUUUUACAGAUUCUGUGGUUCUGCUACAGCUGGGAGAUCCAAAAGCAGAAACCUCCCAGAACCUCAAAGGGUGUUGGACCAGAAGAGCGGCAGCACUUUGACCUUAAAGUCUGGGUUCCCGUCCUCGCUCGUGUUUACACAGGACCGCAGAGUUCUCUUCUUUCCUGUUUCCUGUUGGAGGAAAACCCAAGCACUUUGUCUUUUAAUUGCAUUUCCCUUUCUGUUAGUCAGCGGUUCCACUCUCCAUCGGCUCUGGAUCGGUUCCAAACGAUGACUUUCAUCCUGAACCUGUGAGCCCUGAAGAAACCAUUGUUUUAAACUUUGUUCGUUAAGUCCAGACUGUAUCGGUUUAAAUGAAGGGAGUAGAUUGUUCUCUGUGAUGCUGGUAGACUCGCGUUCUCGCUCGAGUUCCUGCACUAGUAUGUGAGCGGGUUGGACGGCGACGGGCGACUGUCGCCCGUCGCCGUGACGCGGGGUGCCAGCGGCGCCACUGUGAAGGAGACGGAAGCCAUCUGACUGUGAAACGAGGCGUCUCUGCAUGUGAAGAUGUGAGAUCCUCCUCAGAACUACCAAACUACAUUUGGAAAUAUUCGUGUCAAACUUCUCAGAAAGUUGGGUUUGCUCCAGAGGCUGUCCCGGGAUUUAACGGAAGGAAAUCCGGACGCCUCUGCUCGCUCCUCGUCUGUCAUUUCUGUUCCACUUUUGUAUUCUAACGUUUCAUUCCUGUAGAUAUUUUUAAACAAAAGCAUUUACUGUAUAUACAUAAAUAUAUAUUUUAAUAUCAACUAAUAUGGCAUUUGUUUCUUUGUACAUUUACAGAUUGUAGUUGUUUUCCUCAUGACUGACUUAAAGCAGAAGAUCUAAAGCAAUAUUUUGUUCAUAUGCACGUUUAUUUGUUCAGUCUGUUUAUCAUAAAGUUGUUGAGGUUUGUGUUUGGAUAUGUCCAAGUGUUAAAGUUCUCUCUCUGUUGCUUAUACAGAUUUUAAAUUAAAAUUCUCAUAAUAAAGUUUCAUUGAAAUGCUCUGA